UAUGACGGAUAACAGGACAGUUGAUGAGAUAAUUAGUGAUUUUAAAUGUCACGAUAAAGGACUAAUUUUACCACUUGUUAAUGAAUAUACAUGGCCACUUGGAGCAAGAAUAUUUUUAUAUUUCUUUGGUCUAUUUUGGUCGUUUUUAGGCGUUUCUAUAAUUGCCGAUCGUUUUAUGGGGGCUAUUGAAAUGAUAACAUCAAAAACUACAAAAAUACGAAUACCAGACGAAAAUGGUGAAAAGAAAGAAAUAGAUGUUCCUGUGUGGAAUAAUACUGUUGCUAACCUGACUUUAAUGGCUUUAGGCUCAUCUGCUCCGGAAAUUCUCUUAGCAUGUAUUGAAAUCUGUGGUAACAAUUUUGAAGCCGGCGAUCUAGGUCCUGGUACAAUCGUUGGUUCUGGAGCGUUCAAUCUGCUUUGUAUUAUAGCUGUUUGCGUUGUAUCUAUUCCCGAAGGAGAAGUUAGGCGAAUUGCUUCUGUAAAAGUUUUUGCUAUAACAGCUUUCUCAUCAAUCUUUGCCUAUGUUUGGCUUAUAAUAAUCUUAAAAGCAUCUUCACCAAAUGUUGUGGAAUUGUGGGAAGCCAUCAUAACAUUUCUAUUUUUCCCAAUGUUAGUCUUAAUAGCCUAUUCAGUGGAUAAGCAAUGCUUUGGAAGAUGUAGCCGUACCCAACCGGAUAUGACAACAGAAAAAACGAUAGGAUUCAGUGAGUAA